AUGGCAGGAGAGAACUUGGUUCCUGUUGUUGUCGGGGUAGGGGACAUAAAAAAUGAAUCAAGGAGGCUCGAAGAUGCAGUUGAGCCAGCAUAUCUGAUGAUCAAUGCCAUUUACAAGGCAAUUUCUGACACUGGACUUUCCCCCGAUAGCUGUAUGAAGCUUCAAUCAUGUAUUGACAGCGUGGAUGUUGUUGCUACUUGGACGUGGCCUUAUUCGGAUCUCCCUACUCUUCUAUCAGAUAAGCUGAACAUACAACCCCGUCACAAGUUAUAUAGUCAUCAUGCAGGAAAUGCACCUGCUAAAUUGUUUGAUGACGCUGCUCGACGAUUGUCCCAGGGCAAGAGUCAGAUAGCUGUAGUGACUGGAGGAGAAGCUCUGGCAUCGUGUAUGUUCUAUUUGUAUAUUUUACGAGAAUUUUUUGUCGAGAUACUAAGACAACUGGGUGGUAGUGAAUGCCUUCGCACGGGCUGGGAAGCCUCCCCCAUCAAAUUGGACAGAACCGGCUCAAAACGUGUCCGAAGUGUUCCAGCCAAAGGGAUCAGGGAAAGAAGAAAAGCAUACCGCAAACAGUCAUUACGAGAAAACAUGAAAGAAUCAGCGAAAUUAUACGCCGAAUUUUCAAAAGUUGCAGAGAAAAAUCCCCUAUCGUGGAAUUUUGGAAAAUUGGCAGAGACUGAGCAAUCGCUCAGCACCAUCACAAGGAAGAACAGGAUGAUUUGCUACCCAUAUCCACUGCUGAUGAAUGCCUUUAACACGGUAAACUUGGCAGCAGCUUGCAUUUUGACCACAACGCAGACAGCUCGGCAGCUUGGAAUUUCGGAAGACAAGUGGGUCUACCCCUUGGGGGGCGCCGGUACUCAAGAUAGCAACAACUGUGAUAAUACCUAUAAGCCACAUCACUCAGAUGCUAAUAACAUGAGUGUACGCUCGAACAGAUGCUUCCCAAUUGUUCCAAAGCUUGCAGCUUUUCACUUGGGCUUUCCUAGCGAUGGCUCGAAACCAUUAACUCUUCUUGGUGGACUCACUUCCUUUGGAGGAGCAGGGAACAAUUAUUCUAUGCAUGCGAUCACUGAGAUGGUGCGGCAACUCAGAAAGUAUACAGGAACUCCUAGACAUGGUCUGAUACUCGCAAAUGGCGGUGUAUUGAGUUAUCAACAUGCUAUUUGCCUCUCGUCCUGCUCUAGGAGAGAUGGGUUAUCAUAUCCAGUUAAAAAUCCUCUUCCUGAGCAUGUGACAGACGUCGUGAUUCCGGGUAUUGAUGUUCAAGCAGAAGGCGAGGCUGUCAUCGAGACAUAUACUGUUGAGUUUAAUCGAGAUGGAAACCCUAUGUUCGCAUACAUUGUUGGGCUUUUGAAAACCACCGGCCGGAGGUUUGUUGCGAACCAUGCUGAUGAUGCUACCUUGGAAGAACUAUCGGAUCCUGGAAAAGAGCCUAUUGGAAGAUCUGGCAAUUAUUCAGUUGUUGAUUACAGUGAAAUAACAAUUGAUGACAUUCUUUAUCAGUAA